AUGCGGAUAAAGACAUUCUUACCAGAUGCUGACUCAAGGAUUGAUGUAGAAACAAUCCGCAUUUUGGUCCGGGAGGUACGAGAGCUUGCCUAUGAUGCUGAACAUGCUGUCGAAAGUUUUGUUAUUAAAGCCUCAUCCACUAAAAAACCAUUUCAGUGGAUGAACAGAGUCAAGUUUUCAAGGAAGAUGAAAGAUAUACAAAAAAAGAUGUCCAUCUUCUUCGAUUUAUUUUCUGAUUAUAAUAUCAGACCAACUUCUGAAUCAUCAACUUCCUCCAACAGAGAAUCGGGAAAACUAAAGCGAUUUCACUCUUUCACUACUCCUGAACCAGAGAUAUUUGUUGGAUUUCAUGAAGACGUUGAAUGCUUGGUGCGGCAUUUGCUGAAUGAAACUCAUAAUUCUUACCCACUUCUAUCUAUUUGUGGAAUGGGGGGUCUGGGAAAGACCACUCUAGCUCAAAAGAUAUACAAUCACUCUGCCAUCAAGACUCACUUUGCUGGUUUAGCAUGGGUAUCAAUCUCCCGAAAGUGGCAAACAGAUCGUGUGUUGCAGAGAAUUCUUAUAUGUCUCGUCCCUGAGAACAGAAACUCUAUCCUUAAUAUGGACACUGACAAGCUAGUGGAGUAUAUGCUACAAAUCCAAGAAAGGAAAAAAUGUUUGAUAGUUCUCGAUGAUAUAUGGUCAAGUCAAGCUUGGGAUGCAUUAAAAGCUGCAUUUCCAGCCGGGAAGUCCAUAAGCAAAUUAAUGCUUACAAGCCGUAAUGCUGAGGUUGCUGAGCAUGUAAAUUUAAACGGAUUCAUUCACCAGCCAGAAUGUCUAGGUCCAGAACAAAGUUGA